CGCCCGCCUCCCGCGGGCGGCGGCAACAAAGGCCCUUCCCCGCCCCCGCCGCCGCCUCCCGCCGCCUCCCGCCGCCGCCGGCAGCGUCCUUGCGGCAGGAAGAUGCCCGGGGAGGUGCCGCCGCCGGCGCCCCGGGGGCUGCGGAGCCUCCCGCUGCUGCUGCUGCUGCUGCUGCUGCUGCUCAGCGCCCGCGCCGCGCUGGCUCAGCGCUGGCGCAAUGAGAACUACGAGCGGCCCGUGGACCUGGAGGGCUCUGGGGACGACGACCCCUUUGGAGAAGAUGAGCUGGACGACAUCUACUCUGGCUCUGGCUCGGGGUAUUUUGAGCCGGAGCCGGGGCUGGACACGGCCGUAAGCCUGACCACGGACACGCUGGUGACGCUGCCCACCACGGCGGCCGUGCUGCCCGUCACCGCUGCCCAGCCCGUGGCAACGCCCCUGGAGCCCUCCCACCCCCAGGACACCACCCCCGCGCAGGCCACCAGCGCCUUCCUCAUCCCCAGGACCACAGAAGCACCGGCGGUGCCCAGCUGGAAAGCCACCACCACCAGCACCACGGCCAGCGAGCCCCCAACCACCACGGCCACCACCACCACCAGCACGGCCACCACCACCACCACCACCACCACCACCACCACCACCACGGAGGCCACCACGACCACAAGCAGCACCACCGUGGCCACGGCCAAGCCCACCACCAUCCGGAGGUUCCUGCCCCCCUUGGCCACCAAGGCGGCCACCACCCGGGCCACCACCCUGGAGACCCCCACCACGCCCGCCCCCGAAACCAGCACGCCGACAGAGGUGGCCACGUCACGCCUUGUCCCCGCCAGCACGGCCAAGCCCAGGGCCCUGCCAAAGCCCAGCACCUCGAGGACUGCAGAGCUCCCUGAGAAAAGCACGGCCUUGCCGCCCACGGCCACCACGCUGCCGCCCACAGAGGCCCCCCAGAUGGAGCCAGGGGAGGUGACAACAACCCCUGACAAGGAGCCGGAGGUCCCGGCCAGCAGCGGCCCCAGCGGGGACUUCGAGAUCCGGGAGGAGGAGGAGACGACUCGUCCCGACCUCGGGAAUGAGGUGAUGGCUGUGGUGACGCCGCCGGCCGCGCCGGGGCCCGGCAGGAACGUGGAGACGGGGCUGAUGGACAACACGAUAGACUCGGGCAACUCGGCUGCUCAGCUGCCCCAGAAAAACAUCCUGGAGAGGAAAGAGGUGUUGAUAGCGGUCAUCGUGGGAGGCGUGGUGGGCGCCCUUUUCGCCGCCUUCCUGGUGAUGCUGCUCAUCUACCGCAUGAAGAAGAAGGACGAGGGCAGCUACACCCUGGAGGAGCCCAAGCAGGCCAACGUCACCUACCAGAAGCCCGACAAGCAGGAGGAGUUCUACGCGUAGACGGAG